UUGUAGUGACAAAACAAACCAAACAGAAUCUUUUUGGAUCAUACGUAAUUUUGACGAGAUUAAUGUUGCUAACAAUUUUAUUCAAUGUUAUUGAAUUGAAUGUACAAUAAAGAAAAUGGUCGAUCCGAUAUUUGAUUAUCAGUUCAGGCUUAUCCUAAUCGGAGAUAGCACGGUCGGCAAGAGUUCUCUGCUUAAGUAUUUUACAGACGGGAAGUUCGCUGAGCUAUCUGAUCCGACUGUGGGCGUAGAUUUCUUCGCUAGAAUCAUCGAGAUCCAAGAUGGAACAAGGAUUAAACUACAACUCUGGGACACGGCUGGACAGGAGAGAUUUCGUUCCAUCACGAAAUCGUAUUAUAGAAACUCUGUUGGAGCUUUGUUGGUGUACGACGUCUCGAACAGAUCCAGUUUCGAACAUAUACCAUUAUGGAUGAUGGAAGCCAAGAGGCACAUAGAACCUCACAGACCAGUGUUCGCAUUGGUUGGCUGUAAGCUCGACCUAGUCGGAAGUGAUAACAAGAGUGAAUCAAGACGAGAAGUGUCAUGUGAAGAAGCCAGGCUAUUUGCUGAGGAAAACGGCCUACAUCACAUAGAAACAUCAGCAAAAACUGGAUUAAAUGUCGAGCAGGCAUUUGUACUUGUAGCUCAAGAAGUCUACAACCGAAUCCAGACUGGUGAGUAUAAAGUGGAAGACGGAUGGGACGGAAUAAAAACAGGAUUCAAUCGACCAAAUGGUACUGAUUUCAAUUUACUUGAAGCAGAAGCUGUACACUCAACGUGCUGUUAGAUGAAGAGCAUAAAAAGGCUAUGUAAAUAUGAUUCACAAUAGUUGUAAUUGAUAUUUAAGGAUAAAUAUACUUUUUUGUAAUAUCGAACAGGUAAUGUAGUUAAUGUUCUAAUUACAAUAUUUGGGUUAAUGAAGUUCAUAAUGACUAACUUGCAGUGUUAAAGAAUGCAGCAACUCUUUUUUUUUAUGUUUAGUGCUACUGUCUGGUGUUACUUUAUUUAUGGUUUAUUUAUUUAGUAAUAUUGUACAUGAAAUAGAAAGUUUCCAGUAUGUAGUUAUUGACGAUGCUUAUUGAGCAAAAUCCUUUUUUUCAUUUUUUAUAAGCCAAUGUUGACCAGUGUUAUCGCACCCUAAUUGGCAAGUGAUUCCUCAUAUGACAUUAAAGCUGUAUGGUUUAUGAACUGUAUUUAUCAAUAAACACUGCGUAUGAGUAAUGUGAAGCAAUAUCUAAAACAUAAUAAAACAUCACUACUGCCCUCCAUAUUAAUAAAUGAUUUGAGUUUUCGUUUUAUUAAGUACUUAGGACAUAUUAUAUACACACACACACACAUACUUGCUAUUGGCAUAAAUAGGGUUAUAUAAAUGUGUUAUGUAGACAUAGGGAAAAUAUAUGCGGGGAUUAUACACUAGCCCAGAAAUCAUAUAACUGAAUUGCACAUUGCAUUGGCUUGUUGAACGUAAUAUCAAGGUUCCCAAAGCAGAUAAAAUCAAACAAUGUUUGCAACCAGAUUUGUAAUACUUUUACAUGUGCAUGGUUAACAGAUAUAGCUUAUCAAAAAAAUGACUGUUAGCAGAAAUUACUGUCUGAGAUUGAUAAACUCUGACCUCAUUCCCCCGAUUGAGAUGAAACUUUGUACAAUUGUCAGUUUGUGACAUUUCAGAGACAUUAGUAACACAAGGGCACGAGUCAUUUUAAAUUCAUUCAUUUCAUUAGGCCGCGAUCACGCUGCAGUUGGCGGUAGUAUAGGUGACUAUUUAAUAAAUUGCAUAGCAUUGUAGGUUAGGGUGAACAUCGGUUGAAUUUGCUACGGUAAAUGAAUACUUGUAAUUUCUAUAUUGAAGCCAAAAUGCAAAAUUUAAAAUAAAAUAUUCAUCCUAAAAUAAAUUCAGGAAAGCGAUCAACAGGCCUAUGACAACGACAAACAAUAAUAAAACUUAACGUUUGCCGAAAGAAAAUAAAAUAUUUUGUCCGUUGGGUGGGAUUUGUCUGGCCCCUUAUCUACGAAUUGUGGUGAGAUGCGGUCUUUUUGAGCAUUACCACUGUUCUUUUAAGUUAUUUUGAUAAGAAUGCCAUCUGAAGUGUGAACGUGGUUUUAGAUACAGGAAAUCGUGACAAGAAUUCGCUAAUCUAUGAUGCUAAAGUGUAUAAUCUAUGCCGUAUUGUAUUGCCGUCAACAUGCGAACCGGAACUUUCAUGAAACAUAAUUAACGGAUUAUUAAUGUGAAAUUUAAUAAAAAGCAUUGCUAUGUGAUAGCUAACACAAGCUAAUAAUGCACCGUUUAUACAAGUGAUGACAAGCUAUCAAGCAAUUUAUUAACAUCGCUGAUCGUAUCAUAUGACUGUUUGCAGUUUCCGCUAAUUGACAAGCUAAAGACGCCAGAUACAUGAUUUGCACACGUUUUUAAUUACUAUUAUUUAUAUAUGGUCAUUCUCAGUAAAAUGCGGUAUUUUUAAUGAGGGCUAGAAGCCCGAGAUGAAGUUUCGAGUAUUUUGUUUCAUUAUUAUUACGCUCUUUGACACAUAAUAAAUAUUUAAUAAUCCCUGUUACACACUACAACAGAAAAAAGACUAAAUUAAUAAAUAAAAAAUUCAAUAUGUACCUACCAUUAUUUUUCCAUAAAAAACAUGCUCGCAAAAGGGGUGGCUGACUAAAUGUUGUCAGUCAACAAAUAACCCUAUUUUUUAUUUACAGAAUUAUAUUGAGGUGACUUUCAUCUUUAAGAUUUGAAUUUAUUUACAAUUAUUUCAAGAAUACUUUAUCGUUACUUUGCUUUACAAAUAUUAUAUGGCAAAUAUAGCAUAUAGCAUAAUACGAGUAUAUUAUAGGUAGGACUGUGGAAAAUAUAGCAUUUCUAAAUAUCAUUGAUAUUUAAGUUUAAUGCGCGGGUUCACAGAUAUUUUUAAUUAUGUCACUGUGACAAUUAUUGUAAGCAAAAAUAAACGUAGCCGAUCAAAUUAGGUAAACUUUUUUUUUAUAAAAAGUAAUUUUCGUACGUAUGUAUGAAUGACUAUUUCUUUGGUACUCUGGGACUACUAGCUAAACCUGUAACGGAUUAUAACACAUGUGGAGGCAUUAGAAUUGUCCCAGUAGUAGGAGUAACCAUUAUAUCUAGGUAUAUGGUGUUUGCGAAAAAAAAUCCAACAGUAAUCGAAUAAACAAAAAGUGUGUCAUAAAAAAACCAAAAAAAACAUAGCCGCAUGAUAAUACUAAUUAAAAUGCGAAAUUUAAAAUAUGUUUACACUUAAAUAAAUUGAACUUGAAUGUUAGUAAAGGUAUUGCAGGCACGGAUAAACAAUGAAAUUAAAAUAUAUUUUGAUGUUACUUAAAAAUCUCAUUUUUGAAUGGGUCUGCUUUAGGGGCACUAUUAAAUUAUGAAGAUAAUAUCCCUGAAAGCUAAACUACUCUUUGUACUAAAAAAAAUUGGUACUUUACCAACUAAUUCCAAUGACCAAACGACCGAAUACACUGUUUUGUUUAUAGUCAUUAUUUUAUUUUUUCUUUGUUGUUUUAUUGUUUUUGAUGUAAAUAAUGUACAGUAUUGACACGUUUCUAUUGUUCUGAUUUAUUUUAUAUUUCUAAACAGUCAAAUCGUAUUCCACGUACAAUUUCAUUUUAAAAAUGGACAUUUCACUCCAACACUUCAUUACACCAAAGUACUUUCGAACCAAAAUUCAAUUUCACUAUGAAUUUAAAAUUUAAUUUAAUUUGUUUAAAGACACCAAAGAAUUGGUAAAUCUGGUACACCGAAAACUUAGCAGAAAAAUGAAAUAAGUCUUAGAUUCUAACUUGUUUUUAGUUUUUACUAACAAAUUGAUUUGUACAUUGAAUUAAACUAACCUAAGUAAUUGUAACAUUAAAAUUGUACCUGCGAUUGUUAAAUGAUUAAUAAACACUUUAGUAGUCAUUUGAAAUAUUUCAUUAGUGUUAAAAUAAUUAUUAUAAAUAUUUUGAAUAUUAAGAAUCCAAUAUACAGAUGCUACAUUCUAAAACUUUAACGUGCUAAUUCUACCGUCCAAGGGAAAUGAGCGCAAAAAUAUAUUAUUCAAAUAUCCAUUGAUUUUUAUGAGACUAAAUAAAUAAGAAACCCGAUAUAUUUAAUUAAACAAGUAGUCAUUUUAAUAGCAAAUUCAUAAAAUAUAUUUAGAAUUAUAAAUAUAAAUGUUCGGAUUCACCAUAUUGUCUUAAUUUCUAUUGCAAACAGGACAAUAGCUACCUAAUCUUGUUCACGCUCAAAAAAAUACCAACAACUUUUGCUUACCUUUUUAUUGAAUUUUAAUUGUUUUAAUGAAUCUAUUCGGAUUAUAGUUAUGUAACUACACUACAAAUAUGUUUUUCUACCUACCAACAACAUUACGUUUAGCAAUGACUAUCAAAUAAACAUAAUAAUGGCAAUGGAAUAUGAAUAUAUUGAUUUCUAGUUCAAAUUUGAAUGUAUAUAAAGCAACCUACAUUUUGGUAUAACUUAUGCUUUUGCAUACUUUAUUAUUUCUGAAAACAUUUAUAUUCUUAAACUGUUACAAAAAUCACAACACAUAUGCCUUUAAGCAGUCAAUAUUAUUAUAUAAAAUUGAUAUUUAAUUGUGAUUAUAGGAAUAAACGUGUGAUCAAUUAAUUGUUCGAAAUAUUUACACUAAAUUCGAAACGUUCUUAGAUAUGUCGAGGAGAGCAGAGUGGUGUGCAUCAUACACAACGAUUAUUAAUUUGGAUGCCUUAUGUACUUAUUGUACAAGUAAAAUUAUCGAUAAAUCUCCCAUCCUUAUAGUACACAUAAGCGUAUCAAAGUGUAAAAUCCUUUUCAAUGGUACUACUUAAAAUCAGUAUGGUUACUAUUUUCUUGGAGUACCCACAACAUUUACUCUGAAGCAUUAUUAUGCUUAAAAGGUUAGGUUUAACGUUUAUAAUCUUAUAGUAAUAAAAUAAUAAUAAAAAACGUAUUGUAUUAAAAUGUUCAUGUUUAUUUCUUCAAGUUCUUCGUUUGAUAAAUCAGAUUUGAUAACAUGUAUAGGGCUUUUUGUAGUCAGUAUACUUGUGAAUAAGUUGCAUAUUUAAAUGAAAAAAAUAUAUUUUAAGGAGCUCGCUGGUGUUAUAUGAACUGGCUACUGCGCUGCGCAGUAUAUGUAUAUUUCUAAUGUCGCACUCGUGGAUGUUUUGAUCACCCACAGCUUAGAUGAAAAUGCUAGCUUGAGAUAAAUAUUUUACUGUUAUUUCCCAUACAAAUUCCUUCCCGGCUCGUACGUCUGGCGAAUGAACAUAAACGUGGCCUUCAUUGGAUAUGUCGUGUAUUGUGUUCGAAUUCGACUGCUCCAUUAGCUAUUGGUUCAGCAACAUGUAGCAGUUCUGUUCCCAUUUGUUCUUUUUUUUUCCUACCUAUGCUGAUAGCCUUGGGCUACAUCAGCUUCUCCUUGACGUGUAAGUGAGCUCACGGGGCUGAAACCGGGUGUGUUGCUAACACUGGCCCUAGCAAGAACAGUGCUGCGCAGAACCUACCACCGGAUCCGAAACGCGACCCACUGAGAAGAUCCGGCGGGAAACUCAGUGGGCGGCGAGAAACUCACUAUGCUAAUCACACCGAUACUUCGACACUUUUCAAUUUUUUAUCAACCAAAGAUAUUGCCAGCAUAGCCUUUACUAUGUACUAUUCGUGUCCUGUUAAUACUUUAAAUCAUGAUUGGCAACAUUUAUCAGGAAGCUAAAAACAAUACUUCGUGCUAGAAACCAUGACCAUCAGGUUGUGCCUUUUUUAAACGUAAUAGCAGCUGAUUACGUCUAUCGACCUCGACGAACAAUUAUUUGAUUUAUCCAAUGUUUCAUUAUAUCUCCUAUCUGUGAACACCUCUCACAACAUCGCACGCUGGAAUUGUGUGAGCUAUUGCAGCUGUGAGACUAGAUUGGAUAUCGCCGAAACUGUUCGCAGUAAAAGCGAUAGCUUUCGUGAAGCUCAUUGGCGACUAUAUCAGAUAGUCUUCAGUUUAGACCGUCACAGUGAAAUAUACCUAUACAAGCAGAUGAUGUAAUAACAGUUUGUAGUAAUAACGAAAGCAUGGCGGCUCAAAUAUUUUUUUCUGUAAAAUGAUGUGUUCGAACUCCAAACUGAUUUAGAUAUUCGAAGCGCAAAAGUUGAAGAACUGUAAACGGAACUCAUUUUAUGUAAGUAAUUAUUAUUGUUCUUUUUUAUGUGUUAGACUGUUUUAAUAAAUAGCCAAUAUGCUAUCAAAUGAAGCUUUAUGAUUAAUAAUAAUAUAGUUUUUGUUAAAUGAAA